AUGCGGCCCGGCACCACGGAGAUCCUAGACGAUCGCCGCAUAUUGGCCACAGUUCCAACGCUUGCGCAUUUGGUAGAGAGAUUAUGCCGGGUGUUAAUAGUCACGCAUUUGGGGCGACCAAAUGGACAUCGGAUUAUGGAUUUGUCGUUGGCCCCUGUGUCUAGCCGGGUGCUCCAACUACCUGGACACAAAGGCUUGCACCUAAAGGUUGCGAUCGACGCUAUGACUCCCGGGUCCAUCGCGAUGCUCGAGAACAUCCGCUUUGAUCCUGGAGAGGCGGCUAACGAUCCGGCAUUGGCCGAAGACCUUGCCGCACUGGCAGAUGUAUUCGUGAACGACGCAUUCGGCGCGGCGCACCGGGCGCAUGCAUCGACCGAGGGCGUGGCGCACCAUUUGCCUGCCUUGGCAGGACUCUUGAUGGAGAAGGAGCUUGUCGCGCUUGGCGGAGCACUGCAAACACCGGAACGACCCUUCACGGCCAUCGUAGGCGGAGCCAAGGUGUCCGACAAGAUAGCCAUGCUGGACCGACUGGUUUCACUGGUAGACACGCUCAUCAUCGGCGGUGGCAUGGCCGCGACGUUUCUGGCAGCACAAGGACACAGGGUCGGCGCCUCAAUUCUGGAGGAAGACCGCAUGGAAUACGCUCGAGGCUUGUUGUCGGGUGCGCACCGAGGCUCCGCCCAGGUACUCGCGCCGACCGACGUAGUGGUGGCGAACGCCUUCUCGGAGAAUGCCAAGACCAAGUUGGUCUCAGUGGAUGACAUCCCUGACGAUUGGCUUGUGCUCGACAUCGGACCUCGGACGGCGGACGCUUAUUGCCGGGCAGUUUCCGCGUCGAGAACAGUGCUCUGGAACGGUCCUAUGGGGGUGUUCGAAUGGGAGACCUUCUCGGGCGGGACCAGAAAGGUCGCCGAGGCUAUCGCUGAUUUGCAUGGUACCGCGACAACAGUCACAGGGGGCGGGUCGACAUCGGAGGCCGUGUCGCGAUUGGGGCUUACGUCAAGAAUCAGCCACGAUUCCACCGGCGGUGGCGCUACCCUCGCAUUCAUAGAGGGGAAAGUGCUGCCCGGGGUGGCCGCUCUCAUGGACGAGUAA